UAGUUUUGGAUGCAGUAGGCCCUGGUCUUGGAAAAACGCAAACGACAACCCUCUAAGUGAGGCUCCAGACAGUCCACGUGAUAUUUUGAGAUAGGGCAAAAGACCCCCAAAAAGAUUCGAAGUAUCCGCCAUGAUAAGCUUUCGUACCUAAAACCAGUGAAAAAGGAUCCGUACCAAAGUAACGGAAAACAUGAAGAGUCGCUGUUCAUUUCCCGAGCAGUCAUUUCUCAUCGUCGUGGCCCUGGCCGGUCUAAUAGGCGGUGUGCUGCUAGUCUCCAGCUUCAUCGGAUACGGUCCAAUCGGAGAGACGUCCCUACUUUGCGCACUCGCCGGCGGCGCCAACAGAAGCCGUGCCGUGGCCAACUACUCAUCCACGUCGACCCAGCUCGAAGCCAUCGUCCACUACGCCACGUCACGGGUCGUCCCUCAGCAGUCGCUGGGCGAGAUCACGGUCUCCUUCGAGGUCCUCAAGUCACGCGCCCCCUGCAACUUCCUCGUGUUCGGGCUCGGCCAUGACUCGCUCAUGUGGACCUCGCUCAACCCACGUGGCACUACGCUAUUCCUGGAGGAGGAUCCCAAGUGGGUCCAGACCGUCCUCAAGGACGCUCAGUACCUCCGAGCCCACACGGUCCCAUACCGCACGCAUCUCUCCCAGGCGAACCACCUGCUAUCCUCGUACAGGUCGGAGUCGCAGUGCUCGCCGUCGAAUGCGGUACUCCGUGGCAACACUCGAUGCGCGUUGGCCCUGGACAACCUGCCCGACGAGGUUUACGAGAGGGAGUGGGACCUGAUCAUGAUCGACGCGCCGCGUGGUUACUUCCCGGAGGCACCAGGUCGGAUGGGCGCGAUAUUCUCGGCGGCUGUGAUGGCGAGGAACAGGAAGGGAUCCGGUGCGACUCACGUGUUCCUGCACGAUGUUGAUCGGAAGGUGGAGAAGAUGUACGCUGAGGAGUUCCUGUGCAGGAAGAACCUGGUCAAGGCCGUAGGGAGGCUUUGGCACUUUGAGAUACCGCCUGCGGCUAACGUGAGCGAUGGUCGUAGCAACGGUGCUAGUUUUUGCUAGAAUGCAUCGAGGCUUAGGGGAUUGUUGGUCACUGUUGUUGUCGUGUUUGUUUUCUAAUUUUGUUUGGACAUUUUGGUCAAACCGUGGGGAGUAAUGGUGUAAAGAUUCUCUACUGAAUCGACUUUUAAAAUUACUAUA